AUGUUACCUCUAAGAGAUGGAAAAAAGGCUGCUGGUAUCUUGUUUGUAAAAAUCAUUAUUGGUAAAGAUGAAACUCAAGGAAUUCAUGAGGAAGACUUUAAAAUCUUUAAACCUUUUAAAAAGUGUGAAUAUUGUCUUCCUAAGGAAUUUUCAAUGACAAGUUCAAAUGAUUCAUCGCAUAGUUAUAUGGCCUCAUUCGUCAAUUCAUCGAAUGGGGUGUCUUUUGAAACUGUUUUGAAAGAAUUUAAAGAAAAAAUUGAUUUUGGAUUAUUGUCAAAGAAGAUUAAAGGUGAAACUAUUACAUCUCUAAAGAAGAAAUAUACAAAUGUUGAAUUGAUGGCAAUUAGAGAAAAUAUCCUUCCAUCUCCUCAUUGCAGAAAUAAGCAAAUUGAACAAAUGUUUGAAUUUGACCUUUUUAUUGAACAUCAACUUGUUAAAAUGUGGGAAACAAUUCGAGUGAUUGGUUAUAACAAUAAUUUUAUUGGAGUAUUCACAUAUGGAGGAAAGGAUGAAGAGUUUUCACUGAAGAAGAGUGUUGAAGAAAUGCCCUUCCUUUCUGAAAGUAUUAUUUUUCAAUAG